AUGAUUGGCGGGAGUGGAGGUGGGGGUGGUUUGGCACCCGGCCAAGGAGGCACUUAUGGGGGUGCGACGUCCGCGGGCGGCGGCGGUUCGAACUCAGCGAUGGCUAUGGGUCAUCCAGGCUCACAUCAAUCUAGUCAGCAACAACAACAACCGUUCUCACCGGCCUGGAUGACUCAAUCAGGAGGAGGUGGUCGAGGUGGUGCUGCCGGUGGAGGAUCCGGACCGUAUGGCCGAGGCGGGGGACCGUAUGGCCGUGGGGGUCGACUCGGUGGUGGCGGGGGUGCUGCCGGUGGAGGGUAUCCUUCGGGCGGAGCGGCUGGCGGUGGCGCGGGCUCAAUGGUGAAUGAUGCGACAACGGGAUCGUCAGCGAGA